AUGGCGACUGUGAGCGUGUCCACUUUGUGGCGAUCUUUGCUGUUUAUUUUGGUUAUCAUUCCAUUGUCGACACUAGCAGCAAAGAAUCGGCAAAACCUCAUUCAACGACCGAAGGAUGUCAAGGAUUUCAAAAAGUUAUUACGGACUCGGACAAAUGUCCUUGUUGUCUAUGCAAAAAAUGAUCGUGAGGUCUCCUCAUUGCUCAAGACUGCCCGCGAGGCCGCAGAAGAGAUGAUGGGCCAAGCCACAGUGGCAUAUGUGGAUUGUAGUGCAGCUCAAAAAUUAUGCAAAAAAUUUAAAGCGAAGCCCAGUUCUUAUGAAAUAAAACAUUAUAGUAAUGGUGAAUUUAAUAAAAUAUAUGAUCGGCGAGAAACAGCCAAGUCACUGAUUAGUUUCCUACGCGAUCCUAAAGGUGAUUUACCAUGGGAUGAAGAAUCAUCCGCGGAUGAUGUCAUUCAUAUCAUGAAUCCACCACAAUUAACGAAAUUACUGAAGAAAGAGAGAAAGCCUAUACUCCUGAUGUUCUAUGCGCCAUGGUGUGGCUACUGUAAGAUGAUGAAACCAGAAUAUGCAGCGGCUGCCACUGAACUGAAAGGUUUUUCGGUUCUUGCUGGCAUGGACGUUGAUAAACCAGAGAAUGCUAUCAUCAGAGAACAGUUCAACAUCACAGGAUUCCCUUCCAUUAUUUACAUAGAAAAAGGCCAAAUGAAAUACAACUAUGGCGGAGAGAAAAAUAAAGAUGGUAUUGUUACUUGGAUGAAGAACCCUCAGCCACCUAAAGAGCCUGAGAAAGAGUCUGAAUGGAAGGAGGAGGAGACUGAUGUGGUCCAUUUGACGGAUGCCAACUUUGAUGAAUUCAUGGCAUCUCAUCCCUCCGUCCUAGUCAUGUUUUAUGCCCCAUGGUGCGGCCAUUGCAAGAAGAUGAAACCAGAGUAUGUUGAUGCAGCUGCCCAACUCAAGGGUGAAGAGAUCGAAGCGACAAUAGCAGCUGUUGAUUCAACGGUGGAGAAAGUCGUCUCGGAGAAAUAUGGCAUCAAAGGUUUCCCCACUGUCAAGUAUUUCAAGGAUGGUGAAGUCAAAUUCGAUGUCAAUGAAAGAACGGCAGAUAAAAUUGUGGAGUUUAUGAAAGAUCCGAAGGAGCCUCCGCCACCACCCGCGGAAGAACAACCGUGGGAACUAACAGAGAGUGAUGUGGUCCAUUUGGAUUCUCAAAACUUCAAGAGCACACUCAAGAGGAAGAAACACACUCUUGUCAUGUUUUAUGCCCCAUGGUGUGGUCACUGUAAGAAAGCCAAGCCGCACUACAUGAAAGCUGCUGAGACGUACAAAGAGGACAACAAGGUCAUGUUUGCUGCCAUGGAUUGUACAAAACAUGCCGACGUCUGUAAACAGCAUGACGUCAGUGGCUACCCGACGUUCAAGUACUUCAACUACGGCAAGAAUGAUGAGAAAUAUACUGGUGGAAGAGAGGAAAAUGACUUCGUGCACUUCAUGAAGGAUCCCCAGAACCCGACUCCCCCUCCGAAGCCCAAGACCGACCCACGACUUGCCUGGGCAGAGAACGACGCCGCCGGCAACGUCCAGCACUUGGCAGACGACACUUUUGAUACGUUUUUAUCCGAACAUCCAUCCGUCCUGGUUAUGUUUUACGCACCAUGGUGUGGACAUUGUAAAGCCAUGAAGCCUGCGUAUGGUGAAGCUGCUCAACGACUUGUUGAUGGAUCGAUAGGUGGCGUUCUAGCUGCUGUUGAUGCAACACAGGAGGCGCAGAUUGGUGAGAAGUACGAGGUCCGCGGCUACCCGACACUGAAAUAUUUCCGGAAUGGCCAGAUGGUGAAGGACUAUGACGGCGGACGCUCCACUGACGACCUGUUUAACUUCAUGAUAGAGAAUGAUCCAGAAGAACAGAAACGUUUGGAACAAGAAGCAGAAAAACUAAAGGCAGCCGAAGAAGAAAACAGACUGGCAGAGGAGAAACGUCGAGUAGAGGCUGAGGAAGAGUGGAAGGCUGAGGAGAAAAAGAAGGCUAAGGAAGAGAAAAAGAAGGCCGAGGAGAAAAAGAAGGCUGAGGAGGAGAAAAAGAAGGCUGAGGAGGAGAAAAAGAAGGCUGAGAAAAAGAAGAAGGCUGAGGAGAAAAAGAAGGCUGAGGAGGAGAAAAAGAAGGCUGAGAAAAAGAAGAAGGCUGAGGAGAAAAAGAAGGCUGAGGAAGAGAAGAAGAAGGCUGAGGAAAAGAAGAAGGCUGAGGAAAAAAAGAAGGCUGAGGAAAAGAAGAAGGCCGAGGAGAAAAAGAAGGCUGAGGAGAAAAAGAAGGCUGAGGAGAAAAAGAUGGCCGAGGAGAAAAAGAAGGCCGAGGAGAAAAAGAAGGCCGAGGAAGAGAAGAAGAAGGCCGAGGAGAAAAAGAAGGCCGAGGAAGAGAAAAGGAAGGCUGAGGAAAAUACAAAGGAGAAAAAGAAGACAGAAUUAUAAACAUCUUGAUCAGUCUCAUCACUGGUGGUUGGCAUAGUUUUAUAGUAAUCUUUCUCUUCACACCAUACCUCCUGAACCACCUGCAUCAGUCAUUUUUGUAAAAAAAGGAAAAAGUUCCAUAUGAAAGAAAUGUUUGAUGUCCAAAAGUUGUAUUUCAUAAAUCUUUGAGUUAGUGAGAGCUCCCUGCCUGGUAUGUGUGCGAAAUGCUUCCAUAUCCGUAAAGGGUGCUUGAAUGGUCAUUCAUGCUUUUGGUGUCGACCCUACUUAAUAAUGUGAAUGACUGAAGUAUUUAUGUGUUUAGAUACCGAAUGGUUCAUUUUUGUACUUUGUGUGGCCUGUGUACACUUGUACAUAUGCAUUCAUGUAUAUACCUGGAGAAACACUGUUGAUAUUGACAGAUCUGUCUAGCAAUAACACUAUGGCCACUGAGGUACGAGUUGUAUAACAAGAAACCAUCCUCUUAGAAGGUGGUCAGUUCCAGUUGACUCGGUCAGGAAAGCACCCACAGUCAAUGGGACUUCUGCCUGUAAUUCUUUAAGCGUACCUGAUUGACCGCAAUCAAUAAUUGGGAACCAAGAGCUGGCUUAAGGCCACCGUCGACUUCAUACACCAUAUCAGUUGGUUUAUAUUCAUGCUGACAUCCUCGUUAUUAAUUGGACUUGGCCUCGAGACUUAUUUGUUGAGUGUUUGCGCUUGUGGUGGCUGUUUUUUCUACAGUAGCUGUUUUGAACAUUCCAACUAGAUUAGUCUGCCAUUACAAACCGGCACUGCCAGUAUCCGUGUGUUUUAUAAUCAAAAUAUUCAAGGCUUCUUAUUUAUUUGUGCUAGAUGUCUUGUAAAUGACCUAAGAGUAUAAUAUUGACUGAAGUUCUGGAGACAGAAUGACUGAUGAACUUCAUGCAUAUGGUGCCAGUCUUGUGGUGUACAAUUGCUACACGAUCAACCCAAGAACCAAGUGACCCAAUCUAUUUAUAUUUGAUGCCAUUUUGGAAUAUUUUGCCUCGGAUUCCAUGGCUUUAUACUUCUACAUUUAAUCCACAUUUAGAGCCGCAGCAAAAUGCACUCAGGUCAUUUUGGAAGGGAAUUGUUUACAUAUUGGUGCCUUUUUAUUCAGGAAUGAAUGAAUGCCUUCUGGUCAAAACUCCAUCUCCAAAUGACUGUUAACUUAUCCUUUUGGCUCAAGGUUGUGUGGUCCUCUCAGCAAAGAACCCUUUUAUUUGUUAAUCCUUGAUGUGUUUGUGACCGAAAGUGAUAGGAAUCGUUGCUGUUUAGAUGACUUUGUGUAUGACUCAGCACUGUAUACUGACUGAUUCCUUUCUGUUUUUUUUGGGUCUCGUAUCUGUGUACAUAAAUUAGGAUAUUUUCUCUUACAAAGGAAAAACUAUUUUUGAUAGCUGUGGUCAUUCUGGUUGUGGCUUUCAACCCUAAUGCAUUAACUGUUAAACUUUAGCAGCAAACAUGGAAUGUAGUCGACACAAAUUGAAAAAUGAGCAAAUUGGAAAAGUUUGGGCUCUGCAAACAUUACUCAGAACCAAACUCCUCGUCAUUUAUGACAUUGUUCAGUUGGUCUUAGUAUUUGUAGCUGGUAGUCCAGUUAGCAAUAAAUUGUGACUCCUUUCUCGUGUUGUUGAGGCUGGAUAGAACCAUAUCAUGUUAGUCUAGUUACAAGUCCUUCUGGCAAUUUGAUGUUUGGAUAGACCUUGUGUAUCAUAGGGGUGCUGAUUGGAUCACGCGAGUGGGCUUCUGCUCCACAUUUUGUGGAGAAAACUAGGUUGUUAAGGUUAGCUGUUGGUUUUGGGAAACAAAUUAAGGUGCAAUGCAUAUUGCAACAUACUCAGAUAUUUUGAAGUGUAAAAGCAUUAUUUGAAUAAAUCGCUUUUAAGAUAUUGACUUUUGAAA